CCUCUUUUGAGUUGGACUAGAUAGCCCCCGAAGUUCCUUCCGAUCCUGAAACCUUGAGAUCCGGUCAUUGGGAUGACAUUAGGAUAAAUUUACAGCUUCGGGGAGCGGUCCCUUUAAGCCGCACCGCGUCAGCCGUGGGGAGGGAGGAGGAAAGCAGGCUGCGGAAACACGUAUGCUCGGUGAGCUCUGCCUGGGCUGCGGCGUGGCCUGGCUCCGGUGGGCCUUUCCCCUCCACCUUUAGAGCUGUGGCUCCGCACCGCCCUAGGCUUCAGGCCAGGCCAGGCCAGGGGAGGCCGGUCCUCCUGGUACCCGAGUCGCCAUCUCUCCGAGGCUUUGUUGCCAGGGGCAACCCCCAUGGCGGGGCAGCGGGUGGAAAUCGAUGGCGGCAUCAUGGAGGGGGGCGGCCAGAUCCUGCGCGUGUCCACGGCCCUGAGCUGCCUGCUGGGCCUCCCGCUGCGGGUGCAGAAGAUCCGGGCGGGCCGCAGCACCCCGGGCCUCAGGCCUCAACACCUUUCUGGAUUGGAAAUGAUUCGAGAUUUAUGUGAUGGCCAACUAGAAGGGGCAGAAAUCGGCUCAACAGAAAUAACUUUCACACCAGAGAAGAUCAAAGGUGGAACCCACACAGCAGAUACCAAGACAGCUGGGAGUGUGUGCCUGUUGCUGCAGGUCUCUAUGCCCUGUGUUCUCUUUGCUGCUUCUCCAUCCGAGCUUCGUUUGAAAGGUGGCACUAAUGCUGAAAUGGCCCCACAGAUAGAUUACACCUUGAUGGUCUUCAAACCAAUUGCUGAAAAGUUUGGUUUCAAGUUUGACUGUGAUGUUAAAAUGAGGGGCUACUAUCCUAAAGGGGGUGGUGAAGUAAUUAUCCGAAUGUCACCAGUAAAACAGCUAAACCCAAUAAAUUUAACUGAUCGUGGGACAGUGACCAAGAUAUAUGGAAGAACGUUUGUUGCUGGUGUUUUGCCAUUUAAAAUAGCAAAAGAUAUGGCAGCAGCAGCAGUGAGAUGCAUCAGAAAGGAAAUCAGGGAUCUGUACGUUAACAUCCAGCCUGUUCAGGAACCUAAAGAACAAGCCUUUGGCAAUGGAAAUGGAAUAAUCAUUGUUGCUGAGACAUCAACAGGCUGCUUAUUUGCUGGAUCAUCACUUGGUAAAAGAGGCAUAUCUGCUGACAAAGUUGGAAUUGAAGCUGCAGAGAUGCUGCUGGGAAAUCUGAGACAUGGGGGAGCUGUGGAUGAGUAUCUGCAGGACCAGCUGAUCAUUUUCAUGGCCUUAGCCAGUGGGGUCUCUAGAGUAAAAACAGGACCAAUUACACUCCAUACUCAAACUGCCAUACAUUUUGCUGAACAACUAACCAAGGCCAAAUUUACUGUGAACAAAUCAGAAGAUGAAGAUGAUUCUUCUAAAGAAACUUACAUUAUUGAGUGCCAAGGAAUUGGAAUGACAAAUCCACAUUUGUAGGAUGUUUGCCUUUUUUUUUUUUUUAUGAUACCUCAAUGAUGGAUUGCACUAACUUUCAGUUGAUAAAUAGUACAUGAUGGUGAAUGGGGAGUAAUUUAUCAAAUGAACGAGCUUAAUUUUAGAGAUGAAAGUACAGAGUGUUCUUGGUUUGUUUAGAAAAAGCUUCACCUGAUAAAUCUUUCCAUGAAUGUUUACUGAGAUGUGUAUAAUGAACUGUUAGAAUUCAAGGACAAAUACUUGAGACUGGAAAAUUAAUUUUCUUUAUGAACAUCUUGAAAUGAAGCCUGUAUGUCACCAAAAAGAUGCGUGCUUAUGAAAUGGUUCCUUUCUAUGCUGUAACUUGUACCACGGGAAUGUGCCCUUAAUUAAUUUGUAUCUAAUCUCUGUAUCCAGUUUGCUGAAAUCUGAUCUAAAGAAGACUAAUAAAGCAAUUCUAGGCAAACAAAACCA